AUGGUCACUCAAGAAGACCGCAAUAUCUUGCGCGCGGAGAUUCGCUCUCGCGGUAACAAGCUCUCAGUUGCCGAUCGCGAGAAUCUGAUUAAGCCCUACCUGCCCGAUCCCGCAGACCUGCCACGGACGCGGUCCAGAGCAUCUACGACCUCUUCAUCCCACCAACGGCGCCAGAAAGCUCGCAAGAAGCCAAUCCGUACAUUCAUCAAGUCGCAGAUUCAUCAUUUCACCUAUGCACUCACUCACAUCAUCUUUGGCAUCAUCGUGCGCUUGCUCCAGGCCUACCAUGCCGUUGUUGAUCGCGUCUUCGCUGUCGUCUACCACCACCACCGGACGCCCGAGCUGAUCCGGAAGGAUGUUCGGGAUUUAAAGCGAUUGCCCGAGCACUUGAGUAUGAUCUUGACAUUGCGGACCGAGGACGAUGCGUUGGCAGUCUUGAUGGAUGAGGUGGCCGAGUUGACAGCUUGGAGUGCCUGUGCGGGGAUUUCGCAGCUCAGUAUAUAUGAGAAGACAGGUGCCUUGAAAUCAUGCAUUCCAGCUCUGCAUCAAAUCAUCACCACCAAGCUCGCAUCCUACUUCGGCUCCCCAUCGCAGCAGCCUUCCCUGCGGCUCUUUGCUCCCCACCACCCCGUUUUCGGUGCCACAGCUGACUCCAAGUCUGAGGUUCCUCCCAUGACACUGCUUCUCCUCUCUGCCACCGAUGGCCGGGAGACCAUGGUGGAUCUGACCAAGACCCUGGCCGAGAUGUCACAGAAUGGAAAGCUGUCACCAGAGGAUAUCACCCCAGAACUGGUGGACGCAGAGCUCAGUGAAAUCACCUCCCAGCCACUUCAGCCUGAGGGACGAUCGGACCGCGUCCCAGCCAAUAUCAUUAAUCCUGAGCCAGAUCUUUUGCUGGUCUUCUCAUCUUAUUUGAAAUUGGAUGGCUACCCGCCAUGGCAGAUCCGCCUUACUGAGAUGUACUGCACCGGAGAUCGCAGUCAUGGUGUAGCCGGGUACGGUGAAGCUGUGGAGUAUCAGGGCUUCAUGCGUGGUCUGUGGCACUACGCUGGAGCUCAGAUGCGGUUUGGACGGUAG